AGGCAAUAGCUAUCUGAGCCAACGAGGGGGCUUGACACAGCUUUGCCCGGAUCAAAACACGAUAGAAGCACAUGCGAUACGAUCUCGACGCGUCUAAGCAUCUUCGCUAUUUAUUUAUACCCUUUGGCGAAGGUUAUCCCCAGCCUUUGCAACAGCAGCGCGCUCUCAACUUCACGCGCCGGUCCCAUCUCUCGCGCAGCCCAUCGGUCGCGCUUUCGACAUCCGGAAGUUUAAAAAAAUAAACCUCCCUUAACCUUAUCUGCUUGCUUUGGGGAUGCCGCAUUCUGUGCUACCAUACCUUCCAAUCCUUCGCACGCGUAGCCGCUGUUGAGGGAGGGUCUUGACACACUGGUGCCUUUGCGCCUUGGUCUUGAGGCUCUACUUGAGCUGGGAGCAGCACUGUAACAAUGGCGGAUGCCCAACUCGCGGAGGAGGAGUUGCAGCAGAGUGUCAUGGUAUCUGAAGGAGACGCCGAGUACGAGACACAGACGACAAACAACCGAAUCAAUACCGGUGCGCUAGACGAGGACGGGGGAGAUGUCGCUAGCGACAGAGAUGGGGAGACCGGAGAUGAUGAGGUAUAUGCCAGCGUUGAGGAGGAUGAGAAUCGCCAUUCCGAGAACGAUAGCCAAGACGACGAAGAAGAAGAUGGAGAAGGCGACGGCGACGUCUCCGAAGACGGAGCAGAGGGAGGCGACGACGGCGAAUCUGACCGCCACGCUUCCGCUAUUCGAUCAACCCGAGCAACAAUUGAAGACCAAGACGUGAUUGAUGAUGAGGAAGAAGAAGACGAGGGGGUUGGCGCUGUCAAGAUAAGACCUGGGGAAACAGACGAUGAGGAGGGAGACGAAGGAGAGGAGGGAAGUGAGGCCAGCGCAAGCUUACAUUCCAGCAGUAGCAGCGAUGAAGAAUCCGAUGAUGUCGCAGAGUGGGAUCUUCCAGUUGAGGGUCGAGGAGGAGAUGGAGACGAGGACGAAGAGUCGGAGGCUGCAAAUGCGAAUAUCUGCAUGUUCUGCAAGCAGGACGAGGAUCAUGAUCCCGCAGAAGAAUUUGAGCCGUACCUGGCCUGUUCUCUUUGUGGCGAAAACUCCCAUCAACAAUGUGCGCGGGAAGCAAACGCUUUACGUGGUCAGCAAGAUGCCGGGCCAUGGAAAUGCCCCCAUUGUGGAGGAGAGGCGCCCGAAGAGGCUUCAGACACGAACGAGGCAGACGCCGAUGCCACGGUCGACGCCGAUAUGCCCUCUUCUUCUCGCAGAUCAAGCGCACCGAAAUUUGCGAGGGACUUGCUCCCGUCGCAGAAAGGUGCCAAUAAACCAGAUUCCCACUCGGUUUUCAAUCAACUAGUCCUCGACGAAGAUCCUAUGGAUGGUUCUCGCGUUCUUCGGAAGCGAAAGACGUCAUCGGCGGAGGCGGAGGAGAUCAUCAUGUCCCUUCGGAAACGUCGCAGCAGACACACGGCGGAUGAGCAUAUCGCCGGCGAGGGAGCUAGCGGCAGUGACGGGGGCGCUCGGCCCCAUUCGGCGCGCUCAUUACGGUUGAAGGUCCCGCAGCAGCCUCCUGCCACGAUUUUGAAGAAGACGCGGACGAGUCUUGUCAUCAAAAUACGGGCGAACACGCCAAAGCUGCGGGAAAUCCUUUCCAAUAAGUCGAGGGGGGACAGAAAGCGGGCAAGCAGGGGUGGUGCAAGAGGUUCGAGGCCAGGCACUGCCCGCAGUGCAGGGACAGCUGCUGCAGCCUCGCUGCCUGCCCUCCCUCCCUUCGCCGCCCCGAGUUUCUCUCAGCCAUUCUAUUCCUUCUAUGACAAGGAGACAGAUGAGCUCAAGGGCAAACCAUACGGCGGCAUCCUGAACGAUGCCGAGGCAGACACGUCAAAGACCCUGCCGACCACUGAUGACCGUCGGCGAUUCGACGAGGCCAAACAGAAGGCCGAGGAAGAAUGGAGACAACGGCUCCUAGCAAUGCAGGCUGAGAUUCAGGUGCCUGCGAAGAAAUCUAAGAAAACUUCGGGCCCUGCAAGCCAGAUUGAGUGUAUCGAGUUCGGCGGCUGGGAGAUCGACACCUGGUACGCAGCGCCCUAUCCCGAAGAGUACAGCAGGAACCGGGUGCUAUACAUUUGCGAGUUCUGCCUUAAGUACAUGAACUCGGACUACGUGGCGUGGCGGCACAAGCUCAAAUGCCCGGCCAAACACCCACCCGGAGACGAGAUAUAUCGGCACGAAUCUGUUUCCGUGUUCGAGGUCGACGGGCGUCGUAACCCAGUCUACUGCCAGAACCUGUGUCUUCUUGCGAAACUCUUCCUGGGUUCCAAGACGCUCUAUUAUGAUGUAGAGCCUUUUCUCUUCUACGUCCUUUGCGAGUACGACGACUUGGGUUAUCACUUUGUCGGCUACUUCUCCAAAGAGAAGCGCGCGAGUAGCCAGAACAACGUCUCUUGCAUUCUAACUCUACCAAUCCACCAGCGCAAAGGCUACGGCAACCUUCUGAUUGACUUCUCAUAUCUCCUCACGAGGGUCGAGGAGAAGACGGGCUCGCCCGAGAAGCCACUUUCCGACAUGGGCCUUGUGUCCUAUCGCAAUUAUUGGCGCUUGGUCAUGUGUCGAUACCUCCUGGGCCACGUUCCAGAAGACAAGUCACAGAAACGGGGUCUCAGCAUUAAGCAGAUAUCCGACGACACCGGUUUCACGGCAGACGACGUUGUAUCGGCUCUUGAGGGGCUGCGGUGCUUGGUCCGGGAUCCGCAAACAAGGCUCUACGCUUUCCGCGUCGAUCUCGACUAUUGUCGCGCGUACGUGGCGAAAUGGGAGUCGAAGAAAUAUGUUCAGCUCAAGCCGAGCGCCUUGACAUGGACCCCGUACGUAAUGGGCCGGAGCAACGCGGCCAACUUUGAGCUUGGGCCGGCGCUCAAUGCGAUUGCGCCUCGCGAAGAAGAAGGCGGCCCCAAGCCCGUAGCAGCCGAUGUCGAGGUCAUUACCAACGGCGACAGUCGUGUUGCCCAACCUACCACAAACGGUGUCGACCGUGACCAUGACGAGAAGCCGGAGAUCACCCCUCCUGUCCUCGAGUCUACGGAGCCAGACGAGACCGGACCCGGUACCGAUGGCCAUCCUUCAGAAGACAGUAAGCCCAACGGCGUGGCUGUCAAUGGAGUGGGAUCGGCAGUCGGAUCCAGGCUUGGCAGCACGGCAACUGGCGCGGACCCCGAACAAGACUGGACGGCACCGUACACAGGCAUACCGCCAACUCGGUUCGAAGUAUUCCCUCCGGUCUCCGGUACUCGUCGUCUUGACCGGUCUCGCUCAACGGUUGGCCGGCCACCUGGUUUGCGCACAGCUGGUCCAAGAGCAAGGCGCUCAGUUGGAGGUCGGAGGUCGACUUCAUCGGUGCCCAAGAGCGCCGUCAAGCGGUCGGGCGGGACUGGCCGUGGUCCCGGCCGUUGGCCCAAGGGGACGAAGAAGAGCGACUACGGAAAUGCCGCCAGUGGUCCCGGCUUACCGCCCGCCUGGAUCGAGGAGCGCCGCCGAGCUGCGCUUGCCGCUACGCAGAACCCGGACCCCAAGAAGGAGGACGGAGAGGACGCAAUGGAUACCGUCGAGGUCCAGACGCCUGAGGCCAAGGAGACGAAGUGCGGGCCAGAGAGGAAGAGAGGCGCGUCUAAUGAUGGGAGUGGCAGCAGGGAGAGGUCCUCGCGACGGUCGAGCAGGGAGAAAGCCAGACACGUUGACGGGGACGUGGAAAUGGAAGAUGCCGACGACGUCGACAAGUGAGGACGAGUCAAGUGUAGGAACAUGGUGUUUACGGGAUGGAUUGGGAAAGCGUCGGCGCUACUUUUCUAUUUCGUUUUUUACCUUUUGCGUGAUAAUACGGGGGACACAUCGAGGCUUAACUUAGAUGGCAUUCGGGCUUUGGGAACUCGGAGUUUCAUCGAGCUGCGAACCUGCGCAGAGCUUCCUUGUACGGAUACUUGUCUCUCUGAAGUGCGCGUUCGCUCUACAGCCGAAUUGCUAUGUACAGUACUUUAUUAAUAAGCCUUUCUCAAUCGGCGAGGAAGCCAUCAUCACUAUGACCCUACCUAACUACCUAUGCCC